GUGGCCAAGACAGGAAAAUGGCUGCCAGCUCCUCUGUAGUCCCGGUGGCAGUGUCGGCUGCUGUGGUCUCCGCCCUGUCAUCGAGCGGCGAUUUCUCAAAUUUGCGGGAAAUUAAAAAGCAGCUGCUACUUAUCGCGGGCCUUACCCGGGAGCGGGGCCUACUGCACAGUAGCAAAUGGUCUGCGGAGUUGGCCUUCUCCCUCCCGGCGUUGCCUCUGUCCGAGCUGCAGCCUCCGCCGCCUAUUACAGAGGAGGAUGCCCAGGAUAUGGAUGCUUACACCCUGGCCAAGGCCUACUUUGACGUUAAAGAGUAUGAUCGGGCAGCACAUUUCCUGCAUGGCUGCAAUAGCAAGAAAGCCUAUUUCCUGUACAUGUAUUCUAGAUAUCUGUCUGGAGAAAAGAAGAAGGAUGAUGAAACAGUUGAUAGCCUAGGCCCCCUGGAGAAAGGUCAAGUGAAAAAUGAGGCUCUUAGAGAAUUGAGAGUGGAGCUCAGCAAAAAACACCAGGCUCGGGAACUUGAUGGAUUUGGCCUUUAUCUGUAUGGUGUGGUGCUUCGAAAGCUGGACUUGGUGAAAGAGGCCAUUGAUGUGUUUGUGGAGGCUACUCAUGUUUUGCCUUUGCAUUGGGGAGCCUGGCUAGAACUCUGUAACUUGAUUACAGACAAGGAGAUGCUGAAGUUCCUGUCUUUGCCAGACACCUGGAUGAAAGAGUUUUUUCUGGCUCAUAUAUACACAGAGUUGCAGUUGAUAGAGGAGGCCCUGCAAAAGUAUCAGAAUCUCAUUGAUGUGGGCUUCUCUAAGAGCUCAUAUAUUGUUUCCCAAAUUGCAGUUGCCUAUCACAAUAUCAGAGAUAUCGACAAAGCCCUCUCUAUUUUUAAUGAGCUAAGGAAACAAGACCCUUACAGGAUUGAAAAUAUGGACACAUUCUCCAACCUUCUUUAUGUCAGGAGCAUGAAAUCUGAGUUGAGUUAUCUGGCUCACAACCUCUGUGAGAUUGAUAAAUAUCGUGUAGAAACAUGCUGUGUAAUUGGCAAUUAUUAUAGUUUGCGUUCUCAGCAUGAGAAAGCAGCCUUGUAUUUCCAGAGAGCACUGAAAUUGAAUCCUCGGUAUCUUGGUGCCUGGACGCUGAUGGGACAUGAGUACAUGGAAAUGAAGAACACAUCUGCCGCUAUUCAGGCUUAUAGGCAUGCUAUUGAGGUCAAUAAGCGGGACUACAGAGCCUGGUAUGGCCUUGGGCAGACCUAUGAAAUCCUUAAGAUGCCAUUUUAUUGCCUUUAUUAUUAUAGACGAGCCCACCAGCUUCGGCCCAAUGAUUCUCGUAUGCUGGUCGCUUUAGGAGAAUGUUAUGAGAAACUCAAUCAACUAGUGGAAGCCAAAAAGUGCUAUUGGAGAGCUUAUGCUGUGGGAGAUGUGGAAAAGAUGGCUCUGGUGAAACUGGCAAAGCUUCAUGAACAGUUGACUGAGUCAGAACAGGCAGCCCAAUGUUACAUCAAAUAUAUCCAGGAUAUCUAUUCGUGUGGGGAAAUAGUGGAACACUUGGAGGAGAGCACUGCUUUCCGCUAUCUGGCCCAGUAUUAUUUUAAGUGCAAGCUGUGGGAUGAAGCUUCAGCUUGUGCCCAGAAGUGCUGUGCAUUCAAUGAUACCCGGGAAGAAGGUAAGGCCUUGCUCCGGCAAAUCCUACAGCUUCGGAACCAAGGCGAGACUCCCUCCACCGAGAUUCCUGCUCCCUUUUUCCUCCCUGCUUCACUGUCUGCUAACAACACUCCCACACGUAGAGUUUCUCCACUCAACCUGUCUUCAGUCACACCAUAGUUGGCCACUUUCAAGCCAGCACAUUGCCAGACCCAUAUUAAGCCUUACCUCCAUGUAAAGAACAGCCACGUCUAUUCUUCCAAGGACCUUAGUUGUUUUUGUUUGUACACAUGGAAACAGGUCCUUGGGGACAGUUUAUAGAAUCACCUGCAGAGUAGACUGACAGAAGAAUCCUGGCAGGAACAGAUACUGUCUUUGCCAGUUUGAAGCACUUCUAUCUCCCUUUUGUUCAGAGUGGCUAUAGAUCUUGGCCUUUUUCCCAGACCUUUUUGCCCCCCAAAAACAUCCCUUUAACAGCACUUUAGCACAGGCAAGGCUACAGGGACAAAGUUUAAAUGCUGCUGGGAGUGGGAGAUUUCUUUAGAGAGGCAAGGAAGAAAGAAGGGAGAAAAGCUUGCCACUCUUACCCUCUGCUGAUAGUAGGGCACUGGAUACCCUAGGAAGGUCAGGGCACUGGAUAGACAUGACUCAUCAUUCUUUGAUUUGCUGAGCAUGACUAUACUGAUAUCAGAGAUCAGGCUUAAAUGGGGUGAAGGUAUACUUUUGUUCUCACUGGGGAGACGUUCUGCCAAAACAUGGUUUUGAGGCGUCUCUUAGAAGCUUUCAAAUUGGAAGUAACUUACUAGAGUUGAACAAAAGAAGGGGCAAAAGGACUCUCACUGAGUGUGGAACUGCUGAUGGCCCCUACUAAGGGGAAAAGAUGUCUAUAGAGUUAGCUAUACCCCUACUAAAGCAGAGCAAGGAGGCAGGGUUACAGAGAGUUUCAUGGACAUUUGGGUGUGAUAACUUCUGUGACUGUACAGAUAAGAAUAAACUCUUAGAGUCGGUCUGUUUUAAUAAAUAUUUUGCCAUAAUUGUCUCUCCCCCCCACAUCCCCCCCCAUCUCCAAAAGAAUGUUUUUUUUCUAGCCUUCUUCUAUUAGACAAGGUAAAAGUAAUCAUUCUUGCUAUGCUCUUGGGAGUUUCAGGCCUGUGCUUGUGUAUUCAGUAGGAGGCAAUAUGCUAUGACUAUAAUGCCUGCUGUAAUGAAUUUGUACAGUAGAUGCUAUGGGUUAUUCUGAGCUCAGGGCCCAGCCUUCCUUUAUUUUUGUUCCAAAGAAAGUUUGUUACCCAUUCAUCUCCUAAUGUAUGACACUUCAUUUUAUUUUAUUUUUUUAU